UAAGAAUGCACACACAAUGCGCGUGUGUUUAUAACAUAGUCAUACCAAAGAUAGGUUUGAUUAGGUCACCGCGUUACAUUGCAAACCGAUCCGUCGCUCAUUAUUUAAUACUCCAAAUAAGGGACCCCUGGUAUCCAAACAUCUUUAAAAUAUUCGUUUUAGAUAAAACAAAUUUGGCAGCUGUAGCCAGGGGGUCAACGAAUUCCAGCUGAUCCGUGUUGUGUUUACGACUGUCUACACAUUUAGUAGUAACAGUACAGUUACAGGCGGAGAUAUUCAAUCACGAGUUAAAAAAUGGCGUAUUUCUGAAAAAUUGAGAACUUAGUGACAUUUCUAAAUAUUAAUUGUGACUUAAAAGUUAAAGAGUGAAUAAUUCGAGGAAAGAUGGCACACAGGAGGAAAAGUUCUCAUCCAUUAUGUAAACAAAAACGUAUUUCUUCUGUAGUUGACCGAGUUUUGGCAGCAAAAUUACAAGAAAGCGAAAAGAAGAAAGAAAUAUUUUACAGUGAUUCUAAUGAUACCGAUUACAAGUCCUGUAGUGGAAACGAAUCAGAUACGAGAAAAAAUGCACUCAAGCAGAACGGUUCUAAUCCCCGGCCCACCACCCAGGAGAAAGACCAGAACUUUGAAAUUCCAAACGAUCUUCUUGGUGAAUUCACAGCCUUGAAGAAAGCUACAAAUUUGGAUACAGCCAGUCUAAUGAGAAAACUAAUCCAUGAUUAUGCACAGAGUUCCGGUUGUGAAAAGAAUACAAGUGGAUCCAGAUUAACAAGUCAGCUCUUUGAUGUUUCCAUUCAAAGUUCGGAAAAGGACAAAACUGGGCUGAUAAAUUAUUACGACGAGGACCGACCCGUUAGCCCAGGGGAAAUAAUUCGAAGUGAUAUCAAGAAGCAAAGGAGAUAUGACACCACUCCAACCGACAUACCAGUGCGUAAAGCGGUUGAAGUUCAGAGAAAUCCUUCUCCGGCAAGGAUAUAUUCUGCAGAACCUUACUAUUGGAGUGACGAGAACUACGAACCACCGUACAGUGGUGAAAGUACAUUUUCAAAUGGGUACACAAACUCAAUGAAGGUUCCCACAGUUGUAAGGGAACAGGACUCUGACAGCAGCUGCGAAAGUCCUAGUUUUGCCGAGAACAACCGACCCAAUUCAAGACAGAGUAUGUACGCUCAAAGCAUCGGUUCCGAAGGUUCAGGAAGAAACGUAACAUCGGAACCAAAUGUAGAAUAUACAUACGUCAACGAGUCGCUAAAGUCAAAAUCACAAGACCCGUAUGUUACAGCGACACCUAUGAUGGAAGAUGGCAGUGUUUCAUCAGCUUUCCCACUGGUGGCAAGUCUGUGUGAUGAAAAUGGCGUAAUUAUUUCUCCGAAGCAUGACGAUGAGGUACUAGAGAGAGAAAAUAAAAUAGAAGACAUGAAGUUUUCGCAAGAAAUUAUUUCUCAAACUGAUGCCCAUAUGGCCAUGCAGGCCUUAAAUCCACACGGCAUCACUGCAAAACUACACAAGGCAAGUGGUAAAAAUAAUUCCAAGAAAGGACAGAUGAAGUUGAUUGCCGAGAACACAUCCCAUCAUGGUGUUUAUACCAGCGUGCUUAAACUACCUUGGAGUAGACGUACUCGUACUCCAAAAAACGACCCUGCACAGGGAGUAAAAAACCCGGAUAAAGUUAAGAAACAAUUGGUGUCAUGUGAUAAUUUCAUACCUCCUGACAUUGAAGAUCUACAUGAAUCUGGUUUAUCACCAGUACCAAUAAAAAUGGAACCUGUAGAUGAGGAGGGAUCCGAAACACCAGGUACCCCACAGCUUCAGCAGCCAGUUAUGUUGAUGCCUGUACCAGGUAUCCCCUCAUCACAAAAUGGCAUCUUUGUUCCAGCCAAUAAUAUGCCUUUAUACUCAGAAGCACAUAAUAAUCAACCAAUGAUGAUGGUUUAUCCAAAUGCCUCGUUUAUGAAUUUAGAACGUCCCACACGAAAGAGAGGUAGACCACCGAAAGUGCCGGUACUCGCUCGAAUGCUUUCAGAUACAAGUAAAGUACCACGGUUUGACUUCCCGGUAACAAACUUUUUUCCACAAUUUACACCAUGUCAACAACCGGCCAUUGUUUUGAAUGUUAACAAUAUGAUGAAUACCGGAAAUGUUGCCAACGCAACUAACAACACUAGUGCGAACGUAAACACAACGACUGCUACUAACGUUGUGGAAAAUACAGUGGAACAAAGAGGACAAAGUAAUGAACAGGAAAAUGCGAACAAAGAGGAAGCAAACGCUACUGAUAUGAUCACAUCGGAAGCCAUGACACUCAAUGUUCCAGUUCAAGCUCAAGUUUACAAUGUGACGAAUGGUAAUUCAAAAGAAAUGACAGACAUAUACAGCAUGGCGGAACAAAAGGUUAAGGAAACCUUUGCAUCAAAAACUGUUAAGGAAAACUUUGCAUCGAAAACAUCUAUGACUACAACUACGUCGAUUGCAAACGUACAGAGUGGAGCUAUCUACCAAGAAAUGAUUCUAUCAUCUAAAACACUUGUCAAUGUUCGCCCAAGAAAACGACAAAGUACAACUGAACUUUUAAAAUCUAAAUCUACCCCAACGAAUGACUUCAUCUGUACAUCGUUUAAACUUCGCAAUGUAAACAAACAAGAAAAGGAGAAGAAGAAAACACCAUGGAUACCUGGAAUGAAACGAAGAGGCCGACCACCGAAGAAGAAAUUAUUUAACAUGAUGGAAGGUGAGGUGGAGAGCAUCUUACAUCCUGAUAAUUUUAUGCCUGCUACUAUUCACCAUUUUCCCCCAGGCGUUGUGGCAAGUACCGUCCAGCCGCCAGAAGUAUAUAGUCCAGGCAUGACAGCCGGUCAGCAUAUCAUUACGCCUCAGAUAUCUCCAAUAAGCGUAGCUUCAACACCACAACAACGAAAUGAAAUGGACGUAAAUGGGUCACCCACUCCAACAGAUGGUUCUUCGACUAACGAUGACAAUAAACAAACGGACGACGAAAAAGAGGAAAACGGUAAAGACAUGUUCCAACAACUUUUUCACUGCAAGAUUUGUAACGAAAUAGUUCCGGUAGAGAAACGAGAGGAACAUCGUGAAAGGCAUGUCCAAAUGAAAUACUGUUGUAACAAGUGUGAAUCGGUAAAAAUGUCUUACGUCCAACGAGACGAUGUCGAGAAAGACGAAAGCAUCGAUAACCUUUUCAAAUGCAACGAAUGCAAAACAGACGACACGUCAGACGCAUCUUCUGUUUCACUUGUUUGUCCACUGUGUAAUGAUCGAUUCCUGGAGUUUUCGUCCCUUUCCAGCCAUAAACAAAACGUUCAUCAAAACUCAACCGGCAAAGACUUUAGUUGUACAGAAUGUGACAAGGUCUUUGUUAAUUACCAAAAAUUUAAACUUCACCAACAAUUGUGCCACGCCACACGUUAUCACUCAUGUCCGUAUCAGAAUUGUCAAAAGAUUUACACGUCUCCCUCAAAAUUACAAAACCAUAUACAGAAACGCCAUGAAAACAAACUUCAUCUGAGAUGUAUUUUUGAAGGAUGCAACGAGAAGUUCUUUAAUCAUGCUUCGUUAAAAGAGCACAUUCAAACAAAGCAUUACAGUGUUAAACGAUACACUUGUUCAAAACCCGGAUGUGACGAAGAUUUCACGUCGGAACGAGAUUUAAAGUUUCAUCUUCUGCUUCACAACGACAGUGACAUGUGUACUUAUGAAUGCGAAAUAUGUGACUACCGUUGUCAUCAACAACAUGUCCUUGAAUGGCACAUGAAAAAUCUCCAUCCCGAAACAGUCAGCAAAGACGAUGAUGGUGGGUCGAAAAAUGACAAUCAAGACAAUUAGUGCUACUUAGUUACCAUGGUUAUGGCUUACCCAAGACACUUAUAGGCAAAUCAAAACAGUAUUGGUCCUUAGAAGCAAUUGGUUCCUAGGAACGUAAAGAAACAUGAUAUCUUUACAAAAUGCUCAAAAAGUUAUUUUUAUGAAGUAUCAAUUAAAAGAUGUAAAUAAU